AGGCCUGGUAGUGCUGUGAUUUUUCUUCUCCCCUCAAACUCAAACGAGGCCUGAACAGUUCCUAUUUUGUUCAGAGAGUGACCUGUCGCCAAUUUAAGAAACCAGAAACCGCAGAGAUGACCUCUGGACACCAGCUGGCUUCUGGCAAGGAAAUACCCGCCUUGUGUUUCGUGCCAAGCAUUCGUUCCCUGUACGUUGCUGUUAAAGGAGGGGAAGGAGACAACACUUCAGCUGGCCAGGAAGAAGCCAUGGCUGCCGUCUUUCUUCCAGGGAACCUCCAGGAUGAAGCCACUUGCUCCGUCUGCUUGGAGUACUUCAAAGACCCUGUGUCCAUUGAAUGUGGCCACAACUUCUGCAGAAGUUGCAUCACUAAGAGCUGGAAGAGCCUGGAGGGGGAGUUCCCUUGCCCCCAGUGCAGAGAGGUUUUCAAGGAGAGGAACUUCAGGCCCAACAGACAGCUAGCCAACAUGUCCGAGAUCAUCAGCCAGUUCAUCCUGCGUGGUGGGAAGGGCCUUGAGGAAGAUGGGCUCUGUGAGAAGCACAAGGAGGCCCUGAAACUCUACUGUAAGGAUGACCAGAAGACCAUCUGUGUGGUGUGCGACCGCUCUCGGGACCACAGACCUCACAGCGUGGUACCCGUAGAAGAGGCAGCCCAAGAAUACAAGGAACAAAUUCAGAACCGUUUGGAUUUCUUGAAAAAAGAGAGACAAGAGCUCUUGGAAUUCAAAAUGCAGGAUGACAAAAAAAGCCAGGAUCUCUUGAAAACCAUAGAGGUUGAGAGACAGAAAGUCCUCUCUGAAUUUGAAGGCCUGCGUCAGUUUCUGCAUGAACAAGAGCAGCUUCUUCUGGGUCAACUGGACAAGAUGGAGAAAGGCAUCACCAAGAGGCAGAAUGAGAACAUCACAGAACUCUCCAAGGAGAUUUCACUCCUCAACAAACUAAUUGCUGACCUGGAGGAGAAAAUGCAAGAGCCUGUGCUUGAUUUUCUUAAGGACGUGACAAGUGCCAUAGUCAGAAGUGAUGACCUUAAAUGUCAGAAGCCUAUCCCUGUUUCUUCUGACAUGAAAGGUCAUGUCUGCAAUUUCUCUCUGAAGACUGUGGUCCUCAAAGGGGUGCUGAAGAAAUUCAAAGAUAAUCUGCGUGACGAACUGGGGAAAGGUGAGAAAGAGGACCUGCUCCUGGAUCCAGAGACAGCCAAUCAUCUCCUCAUCCUCUCAGCAGACCUAAAGGCCGUGAGGAUGGGCUGCAGAAAACAAGAACUACCUGACAACCCCAAACGCUUUGACACCAACUCCCGAGUUCUGGCUACCGAGGGAUUCAAGUCUGGGAGGCAUUAUUGGGAGGUGGAAGUGGGGUCUGCGGAUGGGUGGGCUUUUGGCGUAGCCAAUGAAUCAGUGCGAAGGAAAGGACUGAAUCAGUUUUGUCCCGAAGAGGGCAUCUGGGCCUUGCAGCAAAAUGGUGGGAGAUACUGGGCAGUCACCUCCCCUCAGCGUACUCCCAUUUUCCUUGCUGAAAAACUCCUCAAAGUGAGAGUUUACUUAGACUAUGAAGGAGAAGAAGUGUCUUUCUACAAUGCUGACAACAUGCAGCAUAUUUUCACUUUUAACGUGGUCUUCACAGAAAGGGUAUUUCCUCUCUUCUCAGUUUGCUCCACUGUCACUUACAUUAAACUUUGUUCCUGAAAUGGAAAGGAUGCAUAGUUUAAGAGGUAUUGAGUUACUGUGUGUAUACACACUGUGACAAAAUGGUGCUUGCUUUUCAUGUCAAGGUCUUACGUGUCCACCAAAGCCUAUACUCACGGACAUGAGACAUGAUGUGCUUGGCAGUGCAGGAACAAUGCUUGAAAAACCUACAUGUGUCAUCCUUUAUGUUGGCUUCUGCGUUUGCCCGAGGCUUACAUAGGGCUUGGAAAAGUUAUAUCGUUUGGCCAGCAUUUCCCAGCAUCAUCCAGCCAUGGUGAUGCUGUCUGGAGGAUUCUGAGAAUGGCCAUGUUGGUUGGAGAUUCCAGGAACUUUUCUAACUUUGUGCUUGCCAAUGUGUGCUGAAAGCUAAAUGUUGUUCAAGGCAAUGACUUGAGUGACACAUCUGGUUUGCUCUAUUUGCACAGAGACUAAUGUAAAUAGCUCUUCAUUUCUGAGCUGCUAAGGGGAGAUUACAUGCUUUUCUUUCCUGAGUAAAAGUAAGGAGGAAGUUUUUAAAAAGAUAAUGUAAUGCAAUCCUUGCUUUACCGUAACAAAGGAAGGUAACCUGGUUUCCAAAUACAUUAUUAAACUAAAACUCCCAUAAUCCCUUAUCAUUGACUAUGCUAGUCAUGGAUGAUAGGAGUUGUAACCCAGGUCACCAGGUUAGCUACUAUAAUAUAUAGGACAGUGGGCACUAUUAGAGACAGCCUGAUCCAGUCCUCCAUCUUUUGUGGCCAGCUUAUGCUCUGAAGUUCUACUUCCCAUUCCUCACACCUUGCUAGGUGGUUCAGGACUUGAAAACUGAAUGGGGGUGGGUAAAUCAUGGCUACAGUUCAAAGGAUUAAAUUGUUUUGGACUAACCAUAGUUUUUUACUAGCUGCAAUUUCUCAGGUCUUAAAUUGCAUGACCCGUAUGAAGCACACCGUGUAGUUUGGGAUGUCAAAAUAUGAUUCAUUCACAGAUGCUCUGUUUUCAAGAAAACAUCCAGACCUCAGUGAUCCAUGAGUGAAACAAAGAAAUAGCCAGAAGAAAUAGCAGCAAAACACAAUAUGGUUUUUUUUACAUUUGAAAAGAUUUUUGUUCACCUUUUGAAAACCAUUUUAUUGGCCUUCAGCAGAAAUAGCACGUGUGAGAUAUCUUUUUAGGUUUCAACUGUGGCCAUUUUUUAUAAAACACGAGUUUCCAAAAAAGUGUGUAUUUAAAAAAACUUCUUGCAAAAUAGACAUUAUUUGUAUUUUGCAUGUAUCUUCCAGUUUUUCUGUGUCUGGUGAUUAA